CAAAUUUGUAAAAAGUUAAAUCCUAUUUAAACAGACAAUUAUCUGCUCAAAGUUUAUAUUGAGAAAAUAUUUUGUUUCAUUGUUCAUCAACAAAGAAGAAAAUUAUUUAGACAAAUGACAAUUCGCCAAGUUCUAUCCUUCAUCCAACGCCCCUACAUGGCUUUUGUUCUUUUAUGCUUUGUUUUGUUGUUAAUUUCAGAGGCAGGACCAGCAGCUGCAUUAGGUCCAAAUCCGUCAUGCAUAGGAGCUUGUUCAGCUGUCCCAAAUUGCAACGAAAGUUGCCUUUCCAAAGGAUUUGGGAAGGGAGGAAAUUGUAUGGGUUUCGGUGGUUCACCAUUAUCUUGUUGUUGUUUCAAGUGAACUUUACCUCACCUUCCCUAAAAUAAUGUAUCGUUACUCAUCUUAAUAAA